UAACCUGUUAGCUAAAAGCUAACCCGGAUGUACCGGAAAUAGACGUGGCAAGCGACGAACUACAUCCUGAUUUCUGUGUUGACAAACGAAAGAGAUAGCCAGAUGGAUUCAUAAUUGUACAAUUACUCCAAAACUAAACCAGUUUUAACUGUGGUUCGCUAUCUUACGCGUUGACAGGCACCGUAGAAGGUAGUUAGCGAACCAGCCUUGCAGAGGCAAUGGACCGGACUAGGCUGUUGUUCGUGUUGUUUGGGGGUUUGUUGGAGGUGUGUUGUAAUGUGUCGGCUAACAGAGGAGGAUCUCCUUCGUUUACUGAUGAAAUCCCAUUCAAAAUCAACUGGCCCGGGGCCGAAUUCACCCUGCCAACCUCAGGUGCCCUCUACAAAGAAGAUGACUUUGUCAUCAUGACAACAACAGAGAAGGAGAAAUACAAAUGUAUCCUGCCUUCCUUGUCAAAUGGAGAUGAUGAUGAUGUCAAGGAGUACGCUGGUCCCACUCCAGGUGAUCUGCUGGACCCACUGUUCAAACAGAGCAGCUGCUCCUACAGAAUCGAGUCAUACUGGACGUAUGAGGUGUGUCAUGGGAAGCAUGUGAGACAAUACCACGAAGAGAAGGAGACGGGACAGCAGAUCAAACUACAGGAGUACGUCUUGGGAAGCAUGACCAAGAAGACUGAGUCUUCAGCCACUUCAGGAACAGAGACCGCAGAGGCAGAGAAAAUCGAGGAGGCGGAUCCUAAGUCAGAACCCGAGAAAGAGGUUCCCACUAAGAAUGUGGAGGGCCAGCUGGCUCCAUACUACCCGGUGUUGAUGGGCCACGGGACGGCCUGCGUCCUGAAACAGAACGAGCCACGCUCCACCAACGUGCUGUAUGUCUGCCACCCCGAAGCAAAGCAAGAGAUCCUCUCUAUCGCUGAGGUCACUACCUGCGAGUACGAAGUAGUGGUGCUGACCCAUCUGAUCUGUGCACACCCCAAAUACAGGUUCAAGUCGUCCCCAGUGAAUGCCAUCUUCUGCCAGGCCCUGUCUGGUUCUCCCCUGCGGCCUCACAGUCUCUCUCAGAUGGACCGGGAGCAGGAACAGCUACUGAAACCUCCCUUCACUGUGCCUGCUGCCCCAGAGAUGGAGAGAGAGGAGGAGAGUAUGUCCCCAGUGAGAGAGGAGGCCUUCUCCUCUACCCAUAAGCCCUUGGUGGUAGGCGGGCAGACUCAUAUUACCGUGGGAACCACCCACAUCUCCCGCCUGACGGACGAGCAGCUGAUCAAAGAGUUCCUGAGUGGCUCCUACUGUCUCCAUGGGGGAGUGGGAUGGUGGAAGUAUGAGUUCUGCUAUGGAAAGCAUGUACAUCAGUACCAUGAGGAUAAGGAGCAGGGGAAGAACAUCGUGGUAGUGGGCAGUUGGAAUUCUGAGGAGCACCUGGAGUGGGCCCAGAAGAACGUGGCCCGGUCCUACCAGCUCAAAAACGACGGGGUGGAGAAAGUCAAAGUGGUGUCUCACUUCUACGGCCACGGGGACGUGUGUGACAUGACGGGGAAACCCAGACAGGUCAUCGUCAAGCUCAAGUGUAAGGAGUCUGAGUCUCCCCAUGCGGUCACUGUGUACAUGCUGGAGCCUCAGACCUGUCAGUACGUCCUUGGGGUUGAGUCUCCAGUCAUAUGCCAGAUCCUGGACACCGCUGAUGAGAAAGGCCUUCUAUCUGUCUCCAGCUAACAGAACAGGAAGCCAGAGAGACGAAAAAGAGGAGGGAUGAGUAGAGGGGGAUAAGAAGAGCAAUAGAAUAAUAAUAAGAAAAAAAACAUGUUUUACUAGAAAAGAAAAGAACAGAGAUUUAGGCAAAGACUGCAUAAAAUGGACAGCUGAAGACUGGAUGAACCAAGGCCCAUGGCACUGCUCAGGAGGUUCAGACAGACAUGAAAAAAAGUAGAGGGAGAAAGUGUUGAUCCUGGAACAGCCCCUGGAAGCCAGGACCACAGCCCCUCACUAACGCCCUGGCUUAAACCUCCUCCAUGGACUGUACCAGCCCCAUUCUACAUCAAAAGCCUUAUGAUAAAAGCAUGGGAAAACACAUUUGAUUUGAAUUGGAAAUCCAAUUCCAAAUAGGACAGAGACUCACACAAAAUGGGACCCUGCUCACUCCACAAGGCAGUGGAUCUAUGUCCGGGACUUCAUAUCUUCCUUGUAUUCUUUAUCUUCGGCAGGUUAGUUCUAGUGUCUUUUCAGGCCAAUAUGCCAGGACAGAGAAUGACCAAUCAUUCAAAGAACCUCAUUAGGAGAACCAGCUUCCAUGUUGGUUUUUAUCGCCAACAUUCUAAAUGAUCUGUAUUUAUUUGGGUUUAAUUUCAGUUUGAUUUGAUGCUUGUCCGUGACACUUUGCAAUUGUAUGCAUUUUUUGUUUUGUAGAUAUCUUUGAGCAAGGUCAGUUUGAAUUUUAAAAUGUGCAGACAAACAGUAACUGUGGGUAUAGUAAGAAUAGGGUUCUGGUGUCAUGGUUUGGGUAAAUUUCAAUUGUCCAUUCAGGAAGUAAACUGAAAUUCCAAGUGCUACAGUAUUUCCUCAUUCGAAAGCAAUAAGUAAAAUUGGGAUUUUAAUUUCAGUUUACUUUCUGAAUUGACUGUAUUGAAAUGGAAUUGACCCCAACCAUGGUGGUUGUUAUGUUACAGGGUGAGUGAGAGUAACUUGACGUACUGUAUAUUCAAUCCCCCGAUGUAAUUGACGAGCACUGAUUAACGUUUUAUUUACUGAAUCAGAUGUUUCCUGUGGAUUUCUAAAUAUGGUGUGUUCUAUGGUUUAAAUGAGGGAUACACUGAAACAAGAAAAUAAUGAAAUAAAAAUAUAUCUUAACAAAAAUGAAUAAAAUUGAGUUAAAAAUA